AUGGCAGACCUCACCGACGAACAGAAGCCUACCCUCGAUGACGACCGCGUCCAGCUCCCUAGCAUCUUCACCGGAUUCAACGACGAUGCCCGUGAACUCCGUCGUUCGUCGCUCCCGACGCUCCACUCAGAGAGUAGGCGGCACGCGCCCUAUCCACGACCCUCGUACACGUCUAGUAACCUCGCCAGCUACACUUUCCCACCAACGAGUGAGGAGACUGCCACGACGUACGCUGCCGACAGUGGUUAUAAUGGCAACGGUCUCUCACCGUUCUCCCCGGAGAGCGAUUGGAACAACAACUCGCCUGGUAUCGUUCGUCCGUCGUCGACGCCUGGCACCGCGACCACGCCACAGCUCAAGUACGAUGACUCUAUGCGUCACCAGUCGUACCCAACGCCCAUGUUGCGUAUAUCAGGCCAGCAACGCUCGUAUCCCUCUCAUUCUCUCCCACCAACCCUCCCGACGUUGCCCCCCGCCGACUCACCGUACCCGUCUGUGGGUCCAGAUGGCGCUCCACCCGUUGAGCGUCCCCAACGAAAACGCGGCAAGCUGCCAAAGGAGACAACAGAUUUCCUCAAAGCUUGGCUCCAUCGUCACUCGGAUCAUCCGUAUCCGAGUGAAGAGGAGAAGAAGCAGCUGUGCCAUGCGACUGGCUUGUCAAUGAGCCAGGUAUCCAACUGGAUGAUCAAUGCCCGUCGUCGUAUACUGGCGCCGGCGCGGCCUUCAUCGGGUCCGACGACCACAGCCCCCUUCCCGCCUUCUAUGGGUCGUCGCGCUUCUCUACCCGCCACAGCUGAUUCUCUACAGCUAUACCAUCCGAUGUCGCUGCAGUCCGUUCCCUUUUACCGCCAACACCAUUCCCUAUCUCACCCUUCCCAACAUUCCCACUCGCAUUCACCCGGCCCUUUGCACCAUUCCCCUUCCCUCUCCCUUUCCGCCGCACAAAAUGGCAUGUAUUAUCCCGCCAACCCUCUCUCGGCCCCGGCUACCAUGUCCUCUUCAAAUCCUUUUACGGGGGGAGGCCAUCAUCAGGGCGUGUAUUCUAAUGCUGGCACAUAUAACAGGGACUAUUUCCCAGAUCCCCAAUGA